UGACACGUGCCCCAUAAAGCCACUGGGAACGUUCUGGACGGAGACAACGUCAGCUUCCACCGAACAAGCAGCGGGAUUCGAUGCUACAAAGAGACUUGCCUACCGCAACCAUGAAGGCUCGCAUCGAAGAUCGCGUCAUCUACUCACCAUACCCGCGAAUCGACAUCCCAGUAUGCUCGUUUUAUGCCUUGGCAAAAGAGAAGUUGCUGAUCAACCCGAACAAGAUUGCGCUGGUCAGCGAUGAUCUGAGCCUCACACGUGCCGAGGUUCUCGCUGGUAUGCAGCGCUAUGCCAUCGGUUUCCGGCAGAAUGGCGUGCUUCCCGGGGAUCAUGUCAGCAUUCGCUUCAACAACAGCGUGGAAAGUCUGAUAGCCAUCUACGGCUGCAUCCUAGCAGGCGCGACAGUUUUCCUGCCCCAUGCUUCUCUCACUGAACAUGAGCUGCACUACGAAGUGGAAGACGGCGACUGCACACACAUCCUCACUGACGAGCUAAAUGCAGAGAAGUUUAAGAGAGCAGUUGCGGGCUUAAAGCUAAAGGGCCGAUUCAGCCUGGGACAAGCAGCCGGCUUCGUCAAUACCUCCGAAUUUUUGAAGAUCGAUGAAAAAGAGUUCCGCGAAUGCCCCGUCACCGAUCCGAAAGAUACCGUUCUUGCUGUGACCUACACAUCAGGAACGACUGGCUUUCGCAAGGGCGUUGAGAUGACACACUACGGUUACGUGGCGUCCUUCUACACAUCCAGGAUACACUUGCCCUGGGGAGAGCCAGACAUCUUUCUUGGCUUGCACCCGGUCACACACCUGGCGAAUAUGCAGUGCGGCAUGAUAGCUGUCCUUGACGGCGCAACGUAUGCAGUUGUGCCAGCGAACAUGACCCCUCUAGAAAUCAUGGACGCUGUCGACAAGCACAAGGCGACGGCAGCGCAGAUGUUCCCAGGCAGUCUUCGAACCCUGGUGCGCGAGAUGACGCAGACUGGUAGAACGCUGCCCAGCAUGCGAGGCAUCGCCGUAGGUGGGAGCUCCUUUUCGACACUACUGGCCGAAGAAUGUCGUAAUGCUUUCGGUGGCCUUGAGGCCCUGGUGCAAGUGUACGGCAUGACCGAGGCAUGCAGCCUUAUUACUUCUCGGCCUAAGAACGAAGAUUUGAGCAUCAGCGCUGACGUCGGCUUCCCAACUCCGAAUGUGGCAAUAAAGGUAGUUGAUGUGCUCACGGGUGAGAAACUCGGUCCCCACCAGACAGGCGAGGUCUGCUAUCACACACCGUCGGUGAUGAGGGGAUACUACAAACGACCCAAAGAAACCGCCGAUACCAUCGACGAGGACGGCUGGAGCAAGUCGGGUGACGCCGGUUACUACGACGAAGACGGCCGGCUCUACAUCGUCGAGCGCCUCAAGCAGAUGAUCAAGUGCAUGGACGGCACCGUGGUCCCCACCGAACUGGAAGAGCUUCUUCUCCGUCAAUAUGCGUCCGAUAUCGCCGAGGUGGCAGUAGUGGGACUGCCGCAUCCCGACUAUGGAGAGGCACCCGCCGCUGCAGUGGUGCUCACAGAUGAGGGCCGCACGAAAGACUCGGAGUUGCUCGCCGAACAGAUUAAAGCAACAGUAGCCGGUAGCUAUGCUUUACACAAGCACCUAUAUGGCGGUGUCUUCUUUGUGGAUUCACUACCAAAGACGGACACCGGAAAAGUCACCAGAGCCACUUUGGCUCGCUCUCUCGCGCGAUCUACCUGAUACUGACCUGUCCAACAUGUGCGCUCGACAUUUUCAUUGGUGACGGUACUUUGCAAUAAACUAUAGAACUAGUCUAAA